GAGGAACCAGAGUUCUAACCGUUCCUCUAUGUAGUUGGCUCCUAAGGUGCAUUGCGCCACGCAUGUUCCUUGACGAGUCAGACAGAACCUGUGCUUGGUCAAUAUUAAUUGGGUACAAGUUUUCCGUCCCACUCGCAAUUUGCCACGGCGCUGUCGCUUCUCGCCUCCUUGUCCCUCCUUGCCUUGUCCCUCCUUGCCAGACGCCGCAUUCAGCCUCGCUUCUAUCCUCGCUGCAGCCAUGUCCGCGAACGCAUCAUCGUCAAAAUCCUCCGAUGCAUUCAAACCAUCUGAAUCUUUGAAGGAGGAGCAAGCUAUACCUCAUCUCGGGAUGCUGGAGGAGGACGAUGAGUUUGAAGAGUUCUCGGUAGCGGAUUGGGACUAUUCUCAGACAGACCUGGCUCAUCUAGGAGGAGCAGCCCCGGGGGCGGCAAAGUCUGGGGGCGACAAGUUGUGGGAGGACAACUGGGACGAUGACGAUAUUGAGGAUGACUUCAGCGUGCAGCUUCGGAACGAGCUCGCGAAGAAGAGCCAAAGUGCGAGCGGAGGUCCUGAGCCAAUGCAGCAUUAGCGGAC